GGAAAAAAGUAAGAAGAAAGGUAGAUUGUAUGAUGCGCAAUUUGACAAGUAGAGUUUAAGAACGAUAAUGGUCUAAAGAUUCACAAAGCAAGAAAACAUACAUGGGUGAAUAGGUAUAAAAAUUAUUAGGAAGUGUGCAUAAUCUACAUAAGUUUUUGAGGCAAAUUCCGAACACAAAAAUCUUAAUUAACAAAAAAGGAGGUAGCAUUAUAGAAGAGAAAAUUAGAAUAAUUCUAGAUGUAAAGUUUUGUAAAAUAGCUCAUCAUAUAUGUACUUUUACAAAUUUGGAAAGCCAAACCAUUCAGGGGGAGUGUGAUAGAUAAUCAUAACAGUUUUUCUUGUAAUAUCAUUACUGAAAAGUUAAAUGUUUUUAAUAAUGAAGUUGAUGUUAUUAUGGUAAAUGCUAGAAAUUAGUGUUGUAAUUUAGUGAUAAUAAAUCUUUAUUUUAAUAGAACUAAACUUUAUAAGUAAAAUAAGAGAAAAUUAGUGUAAAUAUUGGUUGAUUUGAUUCAAAAGCGUAAGGACAAUCAAAUGGUCAUUGUCUGUGAAGAUAUU